AUGUCAAGCAAGAAGAAACACAAACGAAAACACAGCGACAUCGACGAAGACGACGACGUUUUCUACUACCGCUACUGCGCUUCGUCCUCAACCCCCAACACCACCACCGGCACCACAUCCAAUAAUCAACCCCAAUCAAAACCGAACAACAAAGGAUCAUCAAUAGGAGGAACAGGUGAACCCUUAGCACCAUCAAAAUCGACGCUAUACGUUUCUAAUAUAGAUUACUCCCUAACAAACUCCGAUCUCCAUACGCUCUUCUCUACUUUCGGCCGCAUCGCGCGUGUAACCGUUCUUAAAGACCGUCACACGCGCCUGUUGCGACAGCGCCUGAGCCGCGGUGUCGCAUUUGUCCAAUUCGUUUCUCGUAAUGACGCUCAACGCGUCGUGGCGGAGAUGAAUAAGAAGAUUCUCAAUGGAAGGACUCUAACUGCUUCUAUUGUUGCUGAUAAUGGACGUGCUCCGGAGUUUAUUCGUAAGCGCGUGUACAAUAUUAAGACUGCUUUGUGUUAUGAGUGUGGGGGGCAUGGUCAUUUGUCGUAUGAGUGUCCUAAGAAUCAGUUGAGGCCGAGGCCGCUAAGAAGCCGCGGCGGGGAUUUAGUGGGCUGA